AUGGUUGACGCCGUUACAUCACAACUUAACAAUACCAAACUAGGGGAAACGGACGGAUCAUGGAAAGACAAGUUGAAGAUCCCCGCAAAGGACAACCGAACACAGACUGAGGAUGUUACCGCGACGAAAGGCCUUGAAUUUGAAGAUUUUUAUAUCAAGCGGGAGUUGAUGAUGGGGAUUUUCGAGGCUGGCUUUGAGAAGCCAUCUCCCAUUCAGGAAGAGACGAUACCUGUGGCGUUGACGGGUCGCGAUAUCCUUGCGCGAGCAAAGAACGGUACUGGAAAGACGGCAGCAUUCAUCAUCCCUACUCUCGAACGCAUAAACCCAAAGAGCACAAAGACACAAGCUCUCAUUCUCGUCCCCACUCGAGAACUCGCCCUCCAAACUUCACAGGUUUGCAAGACUCUAGGUAAACAUCUUGGCAUCAACGUUAUGGUCACUACUGGUGGUACUGGGUUAAUGGACGAUAUCAUUCGUUUGAACGAUACCGUGCACAUCAUCGUUGGAACACCUGGUCGUGUUCUUGAUUUGGCAAGCAAAGGUGUCGCUGACUUGUCGGAAUGCCCUACCUUUGUUAUGGAUGAAGCCGAUAAGCUUCUUUCCCCCGAAUUUACGCCAGUCAUUGAACAGCUCCUUUCGUUUCACCCCAAGGAUCGCCAGGUCAUGCUGUUCAGUGCCACGUUCCCUAUGAUUGUCAAGUCUUUCAAGGACAAGCACAUGCGUAACCCUUAUGAAAUCAACCUGAUGGACGAACUUACCCUCCGUGGUAUUACGCAAUACUAUGCCUUUGUUGAAGAAAAGCAAAAGGUCCACUGUCUCAACACACUUUUCUCGAAACUCCAAAUCAACCAGUCCAUCAUCUUCUGCAACUCCACAAACCGUGUAGAGUUGUUGGCCAAGAAGAUCACCGAACUCGGAUAUUCUUGUUUCUACUCCCAUGCACGAAUGCUUCAGCACAACCGAAACCGUGUUUUCCAUGACUUCCGUAACGGAGUUUGCCGUAACCUGGUGUGCUCCGACUUGUUGACUCGUGGUAUCGAUAUUCAGGCAGUCAAUGUUGUGAUCAACUUUGAUUUCCCCAAGAACGCCGAGACUUAUCUCCAUCGUAUUGGUCGUUCUGGACGUUUUGGACAUUUGGGUUUGGCAAUCAACUUGAUCAACUGGGAUGAUCGAUUCAACCUUUACAAGAUCGAGCAGGAGCUAGGCACUGAAAUUCAGCCGAUCCCUCAAUCUAUUGACAAGAAGCUUUACGUCUACGACUCACCGGAUACCAUUCCUCGCCCUAUCGCUUCUGCACCUCAGCCUGACGAGACUCAACAGCGUGAGCAGCAAGGAUACCGCCAGGGCAACCAUCACCCCGGUGGCCGCUACAAUAACAACGCAGGUCGUGGACGAGGAGGUUACCGGGGCCGGGGCGGCCAAGGUCAGCGCCGAGGUGGAUAUCAGAAUCCUCACGGUCAUGACGGCGGCAAACCGCAACCAACCCCUGCUUCUUAA